AUGGCCACGAUUCUUCGUCGGCCGCACACUGUUGCGCGCACUUCACGACACCUCCUCGAUGCCGCCUCAUUAUCUCAAACGCUCGCAAGGAGACCUGCGUCUUUCCCCCGACCUCCUUUUGCAUAUGCAUGCAGUCGCAGCUAUGCCACACCAAAGAAGUCCGACCAAAAGGGCAAGCCGGCCAAAGGCACGGAGCACCUCUAUGGCAAAUCCUCACCCAUGUCCUCGCCACAACCGCCGUCGAGCACGACUCCCGCUACGCCAACUCCCGAUGCAGCUCCAAGCCAGCCUCCGCCGACCAACAAGCUUGAGCCCGGCAUGGACAAGCUCUCGCAGACCGAGGAGGAAAAUCUCGACUACAUCAUUGAUCUGGUGAAGAAAGGGAUGCCCAAGUCCAUGGCACAGGAGCUGGAUGCUGUAGCGUCGCGAUUGAAGAAGGAAGGCGUGCCGACCGAGAUGCACGAGGUGAUGAAAGAGGUGAUGGAGAAGGGCAUGUCGCCUGGUCGAGCUGCGAAGUUGUGGCGACUCACGGGCCCGCUGGCGCGGCAGCAUGUAGAGAGGGAAAAGGAGGAGCAAGCUGCUACUCCACAACAGAAAACCUCGUCCGAUCCUGGCCCGCAACAAAACAACAUCAAAGGGGAGGAAGGACCUCGCCCGCAAGAGCAAGAGCAACAGGGACAGCAGCAGCGGAAUUCAGGCGAGGAAGGGCAGCAAAAGAAGAAGGACGGGCAGAAGAAGAAGUCAGAAGACAUGUUUGCCAACAUGACCGAGAUCAAAUUCGACAUGAGCAACUUCCUCGUGUCGGCCUUUGUCGCCUAUCUGCUCUACCGACUCGUGGUUCCGACUGAGAACAGUCGCGAGAUCACCUGGCAAGAGUUCCGAAAUACCUUUUUCGACAAGGGACUGGUGGAGAAGCUGGUGGUGAUUAACAGCAAUCGCGUGCGAGUCUAUCUCCAUCGCGAGAGUGUGGCCGCCAUGUACCCCGAGUCGCCAGCCGCUCAGGCUGGUUUCUUCUACUACUUCUCCAUUGGAUCCGUGGAGGCCUUUGAGAGGAGAGUGGACGAAGCUCAAGCCGAGCUAGGCAUUCCCUCCUCCGAGCGGAUUCCAGUCUCCUACCAUUCCGAGACUUCUUGGUCUAACACGAUCCUUGCCUUCGGCCCGACACUUCUCUUUAUUGGCGCCAUUCUCUACCUCAGUCGCCGUGCUGCCAGUGGUGCAGGUGGAGGUCAAGGAGGCAUCUUUGGCAUGGGACGGAGUAGAGCGAAGAAAUUCAACCACGAAACGGACAUCAAGGUCAAGUUUUCGGACGUCGCAGGCAUGGACGAAGCGAAGAUGGAGAUUAUGGAGUUUGUGUCAUUCCUCAAAGAGCCUGGCCUCUACCAAAAGCUAGGCGCCAAAAUCCCUCGAGGCGCCAUUUUGAGUGGACCGCCAGGAACAGGUAAGACUCUACUGGCUAAGGCUACAGCCGGAGAGUCUGGUGUGCCAUUCUUCUCGGUCUCUGGUUCUGAAUUCGUGGAGAUGUUUGUCGGUGUGGGACCUUCACGAGUGCGAGAUCUGUUUGCCAACGCGAGGAAGAACACGCCGUGCAUCAUCUUCAUCGACGAAAUCGACGCCAUCGGCAAGAGUCGUGCGAAGCAGUCUUUCGGAGGUGGUAACGACGAGCGAGAGAGCACGUUGAACCAAAUCCUCACCGAGAUGGACGGCUUCAAUACUUCGGAGCAAGUCGUUGUUCUUGCCGGUACCAACCGAGCAGACGUCCUCGACAAAGCGCUCAUGCGCCCUGGCCGCUUCGAUCGGCACAUCGCCAUCGACCGUCCGACAAUGGAGGGACGGAAGCAAAUUUUCAACGUCCACCUGAAAAAGAUUGUCACCCACGAAGACUUGGACCAUCUCAAAGGUCGCUUGGCCGCUCUGACCCCCGGUUUCAGCGGAGCCGACAUUGCCAACUGCGUCAACGAAGCCGCGCUCAUCGCCGCGAGAACCUCGGAAGAGAGCGUGAAGGUUACACAUUUCGAGCAAGCCAUCGAGCGCGUGAUUGGCGGAAUGGAGAAGAAGAGUCUCGUCUUGUCUCCCGAAGAGAAGAAGACCGUCGCCUACCAUGAAGCCGGUCACGCCAUCUGCGGCUGGUACUUCCAGUACGCCGACCCGCUGCUCAAAGUCUCCAUCAUCCCUCGCGGCUCCGGCGCGCUCGGCUACGCCCAGUACCUUCCCGGCGGAGGCGCCGAUGCGGUACUACUCAACAUGCGUCAAAUGAUGGAUCGCAUGGCCAUGACGCUCGGCGGCCGCGUGUCGGAGGAACUACACUUCGACACCGUCACAUCGGGCGCGAGCGACGACUUCAACAAAGUCACCCGCAUGGCCACCGCCAUGGUGACGAAGUGGGGCAUGUCGCAGAAGAUUGGCUACAUCUACUACCCAGACAGCAGCGAGAGUCAAGAAGCGGCGCUGACGAAGCCCUUCUCCGAGCAGACGGGCCGCACCAUCGACGAGGAGGUGAAGCGCAUCGUCAACGAGGCGUACGAGCAGUGCCGCGAACUGCUCGUCGAGAAGAAGAAGGAAGUCGGGCUUGUGGCGGAGGAGUUGUUGGCUAAGGAGGUGCUGAGUCGCGAUGAUAUGGUGCGCUUGCUCGGCCCGAGACCUUGGGAGAGCAAGGGCGAGUUUGACAAGUAUUUCGGCGGGGGAUCGACUUCGCCCAAGCAGACGGAGGAGGGUCUUGGGAAGAACCCGGGGGGUAUUGGAGACAAUGCGCCGUCGGAUGCUGGGAGUGGAUCUGGUUUGCCGCCUGGGUUGGCGAGGGGUCCGGAUCCGGAGGGCGCGCCUAGCUUGUAUCGGAGGGAGCAGUAA